GAAGAAGCAGUAGUUACGCAGGUGUUUACGUUUUCCUACUUCCGUAGCUGUCCAAGCGGGGCAACGUUAUUAAUCCAACGUUAAACCCCAAAAAAUUUGAGAAGAAACUCUCGGCCAUGUUUGUUAUUUUGAAUUGAAGUAUUAGAGAUGUCUCUAAGAUGAACAGUCUUUAGGUCGUGUGCUGUCCACUGUAGGCGCUGUAUCGCGAGUUUUGCUCAUCAUCCAUCGCAGGCAAAGCUAAAGCUAAAGCUAGCGGUGUUAGCUGCGGGUCAGCGGGCAGUGGACAUAAUUUAGUAAAUCAUCGCCUGAUCAGCACUUUGUCCGGUGUUAAAUUAGAUAUCAAACAAGGCAGUCAUGGCCACUAGGCGUCUGACCGAUGCCUUCUUGUUAAUGCGGAACAAUGCAAUCCAAAACCGGCAGAUAUUGGCUGAGCAAGUGAGUACAUACGACCCCCGUCUGAGUACACGUAGCAAUGCUGCGGAACUUGAUGAGAUGGCUGAUGAUCGAAUGGCCCUGGUGUCAGGAAUCAGUCUGGAUCCUGAAGCUGCUAUUGGAGUCACGAAGAAACUGCCGCCCAAAUGGAUAGAGGGGGUUGAUGAGAUCCAGUAUGAGAUCACACGGGUUCGGCAGAAGAUGAAGGAUCUUGCCUUACUUCAUGACAAGCAUAUGAAUCGUCCCACGCUCGAUGACAGUAGUGAGGAAGAGCAUGCCAUAGAAAUCACUACACAGGAGAUAACACAGAUGUUUCAUCGAUGCCAGCGAGCCGUGACGGGUUUGCAGUCUCGCUGUGGCCACUGCACCGAGCAGGAGGAGAGGCUGCUGAGAAACGUGGUGUCGUCCCUGGCACAGAGCCUGCAGGAGCUGUCCACCAAUUUCAGACACACACAGUCCGGCUACCUAAAACGUAUGAAGAAUCGCGAGGAGAGGUCAAAGCACUUUUUUGACUCUGGGCCCCUGAUGGAAGAGGACGAAGAGUUAGCUGUUUAUGACAAGGGGUUCACAGACGACCAGCUGAUGCUGGUGGAGCAGAACUCAGUAAUGGUUGAAGAGCGUGAGAGGGAGAUCCGACAAAUAGUGCAGUCCAUCUCAGAUCUGAAUGAGAUUUUCAGGGACUUGGCUGGAAUGGUGGUGGAACAGGGCACCGUUCUUGACAGAAUUGACUUCAAUGUGGAGCAGGCGUGUGUUAAAACAGAAGAUGGAUUGAAACAGUUACAAAAGGCAGAACAGUACCAGAAGAAAAACAGAAAGAUGCUGGUCAUUUUGAUCCUCUUUGUCAUAGUAAUUGUUCUAAUUCUUAUUCUUUUUGGAACAAAGUUUUAAUUUUGCAUUCCCCUGGCGUUUGUUUUCUGUGUGGGUGUUUGUUGUGCAUCUGUGUGGACUUGGACUCUGUCUCAGUUCUACUCAAAACAAAGAUGACUGCCUUUUUAAUACCCACCAGGAGACGAAGAGGAAGAAUUCCACGUCUAUUUACAGGUGCACUUUGGGCUAUGUGGUUGAUUUUAAUGAGAGAAACAAUCAACAAUGCGUUUGAGCCAGGGCUGUUUUAUCAAGUGACUUGUACCCAGAUCGCCAAGACUCUGUGACAGAGGUUUGUCAAACCUGACUAUAUCGACAUAUGUGUCUUAACAAAAGAAAACACAAAAAAUGGACUACCAAUGUUUAAAUGCUUAAGCAGACCAUCCUCUGCUUAAUCUCAAAGCACGAAUUGUGAUGUUUGUUGUGUGACUGCAUCGUUUCUGUCCAGUAUCAUUGCAAACAUUUUGUUUCUGUGAGGAAGAUAUGAUGCAGUAUGCAAUCGCAGUAGAUCUAAUUUUACUGCAAAUUCACUUUAAUCCCAGCAUUGCUUUCAUGUCCCGGCUCAGUAUUUUGAUCUUGAAAGACAGAAAGAAAGUGUCUGUAUUAGGACAGUAUGAGACCUGAUUUGAAUAGUCAUUCAGCACCAAAUAUAUUCCUUUGGUUGAAGGACCAGUUGUUUUUUUUUAUGAUUUAACUUCCCAGUUUAAAAAUGAUAAGAGUGUGUCACUCCACUGUUUGUCUGAUGGGGGUUUAAACAGCCAUGAGCUCCUUCCAAUUCAUCUGGUUAUUUUAAAAUCAAACCCGAGUCACACCGGCUGCACUUUUCAUGAAGUGUUCAUUUCAAAAACACUGUCUUGUUUUUUUUGUUGUUCACGGUCCUUGCAUAAAGUGCUACCUUUUUUAAACUCUUGCAGUUUGCACAUAUUGAGGCCUGAGGGGAGUGAGGGUGGCUGUUAUGGAUGUAAUACUACUGUCAUCUGUGUGAUGAAAAGAAUUAUUUAUUUUUUAAUGACUUCAAAUAAUCAGGAGGUUGGGACGUGUUCUGUCUCAGGCAGAAUUACUGUAUAUUGAGUAAAGUGUAUCUGUAGUCUAAUACCCAACAGUUAUUGUACUUUCCACUGAGAAAACUGUGAUGUAGUCCAACACAAGCAGACAUUUGAAGACGGCAUCGUUGUUUUGUUUUAUUUUCAGAUUGGACUUUCUACAUUUUGGUUGGAAAUUCUUGACAUGUGCUUGUGUCCUAUAAAGACUGAUAAGCUGGAAUGAUGAAGAGCUUUAUUUGACAUAUCUGUAUUCGACUCUACACUUUAUACACCUGUUAAAAUCAUCUUUGUCAUUGAUGUGAAGUUGUGUGUGAAACCUGGUUAUGUCUUAGUGGUACAAUACUUAAGUUUUGUUUUCCAGACAAAAUAGGUGAGGAGACAGCAACUUGUUUUUGUUUUUUUAAAUAAACCUGGAAUAAGUCUG